CGGAGCCCGCCGUCACCGCCGCCUCCGUGGCGGCCAAGAACCUGGCCUUGCUGAAGGCCCGCUCCUUCGACGUGACCUUCGACGUGGGGGACGAGUACGAGAUCAUCGAGACCAUAGGCAACGGGGCCUACGGGGUGGUGUCCUCCGCGCGCCGCCGCCUCACCGGCCAGCAGGUGGCCAUUAAGAAGAUCCCCAAUGCUUUUGAUGUGGUGACCAAUGCCAAGCGGACCCUCAGGGAGCUGAAGAUCCUCAAACACUUCAAGCACGACAACAUCAUCGCCAUCAAAGACAUCCUGAGGCCCACCGUGCCCUAUGGCGAGUUCAAGUCUGUCUACGUGGUCCUGGACCUGAUGGAGAGCGACCUGCACCAGAUCAUCCACUCGUCACAGCCGCUGACGCUGGAGCACGUGCGCUACUUUCUGUACCAGCUGCUGCGAGGCCUCAAGUACAUGCACUCGGCUCAGGUCAUCCACCGGGACCUCAAGCCCUCCAACCUGCUGGUGAACGAGAACUGUGAGCUCAAGAUCGGGGACUUUGGCAUGGCCCGCGGCCUGUGCGCCUCGCCUGCCGACCACCAGUACUUCAUGACCGAGUACGUGGCCACACGCUGGUACCGCGCCCCUGAGCUCAUGCUCUCGUUGCACGAGUACACGCAGGCCAUCGACCUGUGGUCUGUGGGCUGCAUCUUUGGUGAGAUGCUAGCCCGGCGCCAGCUCUUCCCAGGCAAAAACUACGUGCACCAGUUGCAGCUGAUCAUGACGGUGCUGGGCACCCCGUCGCCAGCCGUGAUCCAGGCUGUCGGGGCUGAGAGGGUGCGGGCCUAUAUCCAGAGCCUGCCGCCACGCCAGCCCGUGCCCUGGGAGACAGUGUACCCGGGUGCUGACCGCCAGGCCCUCUCCCUGCUGGGGCGCAUGCUGCGUUUUGAGCCCAGUGCCCGCAUCUCUGCCGCUGCCGCCCUGCGCCACCCCUUCCUGGCCAAGUACCAUGACCCUGAUGAUGAGCCUGACUGUGCGCCACCCUUUGACUUUGCCUUUGACCGUGAAGCCCUGACCCGGGAGCGUAUUAAGGAGGCCAUCGUGGCAGAGAUCGAGGACUUCCACACGCGGCGUGAGGGCAUCCGCCAGCAGAUCCGCUUCCAGCCUUCCCUGCAGCCUGUGGCCAGUGAGCCUAGCUGCCCCGACGUUGAGAUGCCCAGUCCUUGGGCUCCCAGUGGGGACUGCGCCAUGGAGUCCCCACCGCCAGCUCCACCACCUCACCCUGGGCCUGCGCCUGACACCUUUGAUCUGACCCUGCAGCCACCCCCACCAGCCAGUGAACCAGCCCCUCCCAAGAGGGAGGGGGCCAUCUCAGACAACACCAAGGCGGCCCUCAAGGCCGCCCUGCUCAAGUCUUUGCGGAGCCGACUCCGAGACGGCCCCAGUGCCCCCCUGGAGGCCCCUGAGCCUCGGAAGCCAGUGACAGCCCAGGAGCGCCAGCGGGAGCGGGAGGAGAAGCGGCGGCGGCGGCAGGAGCGGGCCAAGGAGCCCCCUCAGCCCUCCACCUCAGAGUCGCCCGACGACGUCAACCUGGUGACCCAGCAGCUGUCCAAGUCGCAGGUGGAGGACCCCUUGCCCCCUGUGUUCUCGGGCACACCGAAGGGCAGUGGGGCCGGCUACGGUGUUGGCUUUGACCUUGAGGAAUUCCUAAACCAGUCUUUCGAAAUGGGCGUGGCUGACGGGCCCCAGGAUGGCCAGGCAGACUCGGCCCCGCUCUCGGCCUCCCUGCUUGCUGACUGGCUUGAGGGCCACGGCAUGAACCCUGCAGACAUCGAGUCCCUGCAGCGUGAGAUCCAGAUGGACUCCCCGAUGCUGCUGGCUGACCUGCCUGACCUCCAGGAGCCCUGAGGCCCACAGUCUGUGCCUUGCUGCCAGGGGCAGACCCAGCUCCAAGAUCGCAGGAACGCCCAAGGGCUGGCGCUCGGGGCCCUGCUGGGGAAGCUCAGGUCUGGUGGUUCUGCAGGGUCAUCUCAGACCCACCCUGCGGCCUUAAGCAGCCACCUGAGCCAGCAGCGAGCCCCGCGGGAUCGGACGAGCCCUGCCCCCGAGCGGUCCUCUUCAGUAUCGUAUUUUUAUUAAUAGUUGUAGUAUUGUUACUGUUAUUAUACAAUGUUUUGCCAUGAAAA